CAUCUGGUCAGUAGUCACUAGUCAGUGCAGUGGUUUAUAUAAAUACUUGAAUUGUCAAGUUUAUACGUGAUAGGUUAUUUCAGUUUUAGAAUAUCACUGAGUUCAUUUUAAUCGGUAUUUAUAUCAUAUACCGUAUUAAUUUGUUAUUAUAUACAUCUUGAAUAUAUGUGAACAUAAGUUAAAUAUUUGUAUUUAUUGUAUCUUAUACCUUAUUGAACAUGGUUGAUGAAAUGAAAAAGUAUUUAUACUCUCUACUAACAAAAAUUGAUGGAUUAUACAGUGUUGUUGUCUCUGAUCGAGAUGGUGUCCCCAUAUUGAAAGCAUCUUCUGAAAAGGCACCAGAAUCAGCAUUGCGGCCUUGCUUCCUGUCUACUUUUGGAAUGGCUACUGAUCAAGGAAGUAAAUUAGGCUUAGGGAGGAACAAUGCUGUAAUUUGUUUGUAUAACAACUUCCAGGUUGUGCAGAUAAAUGACUUGCCACUGAUUGUAAGCUUCAUUGCCAGCCACAGCUGUAACACAGGACACAUUCUAAACCAUAAACAAACACUACAACAGCUGCUCCAACCUUUGAAAGGAUCUGUCGUUGAACCUUGAUAAUGAUCACAAACAGUAAAGUUUAUAUUUUUUAUUGAUAACCAUAUCUUUAUAUGUAAUUUAUUUACUCACUAGCCUUUGUCAUUCAUUACCUUUAAUAAAAUAUUAAAUAUAUUUUCA